GGGACACUACUCUGUUUUGUUGACGAAAUCACGAUGGAUCAAAAGAAGCAAGCCAAGCCAAAAAGCAAGAAAAACAAAGCCCCAAAACCAGCUCCCGAUAAGACCCCAGAACCAGAAGAGGAGGAAGAUGAUGAUGAGCCACUGGAGGUUCGGUUUGAGCGUGAGGUCGCCUGGUGCAAGGAACAGCUCUUCCUCAAGCUUCACCAGGUCAAGCUGGACUCGAAGCAGGGUUUUGACUUGGCUAGAGCCAUGAAGAUCUUGGACAGUGACAAGGCACCAAUGAUAAAGAAGCGGCAGGCGAUGAGGACGACUCUCGGAGACUACAGGAAGAAGAUGAAAGAGGAUGAGAAGAAGCGAGCAGCAGCUGCCAAGAAGAUAGUGCUGAAGCCCGCUGAUGAAUCUCAAACAAAACUCUCUAAGUGCUUGAAACUGAGCUCUUCCCAGCAACAACAGAAGAUGGGGGACGGUUCUGGUUCUGUAGAUGAGAAACUCACAGACCUCUCACUGACAGACUCCAAGGACCAAUCAGCUAACGGCAGUGACAAGAGAUCAGAGAAUUUAGAUAGCCAAUCAGCUGCCUUCAAAUUUGAGACAUCGGAUAACCAGUUUCGCUUUAACUUUACAGGAAAAGGAAAGGUGGAUGAAAAGGUUGAACUAGACGGUGAAAGUAUAGGAACAUGAAAUAAGUAACUAUGGAAGCCUUUUAGGGCCAUUUGUUUUUUUGUUUUUUCCUUGAAAUUUCAAGGUACUAAGUUGAAAAUUUAAGAUACAUUCUAAGUUGAAUUUUCAAGGUAAUGAUCUUUCAAGAUCUUUUAAGAUUAUAACUUGAAAUUUCAAAUAAGUAUCUUUGAAAUUUCAACUUAGUAUCUUUGAAAUUUCAACUUAGUAUCUUGAAAUUUUCAGAAAAAAAUAAAAAACAAAUGGCCCUAAAAGGCUUCCAUUCUGGACUCAUGUGCAUUAAUAAUUUUUUAGUUUCAAAUGUAAAAAAUUGAAUGAUU